AGCCGGGAGGUAGGCGCGGGGCGGUCGGCUGCGGCGGCGGCGUUUGGAUGAUUGUCUCUUGGCGGCGGAGUCGGCGAUUGCCAAGUUAAGAAUCUCAAUGUACUUCUCCAGUUCCUACCCUUCCUCAAGUGGGGAACUCAGGAGACCAAGCAGGGGCAACUGUACUUCGGAUGGUCAGGCCCCAGGAUACUGUGGCGUGUGAGGACCUGUCUGAGGACUAUACUCAGAAGAAAUGGAAAGGUCUCCCACUCAGUCAGAGAGCCCUGCACUGGAAUGUGAUGCUGGAAAAUGACCGUAGCAUGGCCUCCUUGGGUAGGAACAUGAUGGAGAGUUCAGAGUUGACUCCAAAGCAGGAAAUUUUUAAAGGAUCAGAGUCAUCUAAUAGCACAUCAGGGGGACUCUUUGGGGUGGUUCCUGGGGGAACAGAGACUGGAGAUGUUUGUGAAGAUACUUUCAAGGAGUUAGAAGGACAACCCUCAAAUGAAGAAGGGAGCAGACUAGAAAGUGAUUUCUUGGAAAUAGCAGAUGAGGAUAAGAAAAACUCCACAAAAGACAGAUAUGAGGAAUAUAAGGAAGUUGGGGAACAUCCACAUCUGUCUUCCAGUCCUGUUGAACAUGAAGGAGUUUUAAAGGGACAGAAAUCCUAUCGAUGUGAUGAAUGUGGCAAAGCUUUUUAUUGGAGUUCGCACCUCAUUGGUCAUCGGAGAAUCCACACUGGAGAGAAACCCUAUGAGUGUAAUGAGUGUGGGAAGACCUUCAGACAAACCUCCCAGCUCAUUGUUCAUCUCAGAACCCACACAGGGGAAAAACCCUAUGAAUGCAGUGAGUGUGGAAAGGCCUAUAGGCACAGCUCCCAUCUCAUUCAACACCAGAGACUCCAUAAUGGGGAGAAACCCUAUAAAUGUAAUGAAUGUGCAAAAGCUUUUAAUCAGAGCUCCAAACUCUUCGACCACCAGAGAACCCAUACUGGGGAGAAACCUUAUGAAUGUAAGGAGUGUGGGGCAGCCUUUAGUCGGAGUAAAAAUCUUGUUCGACAUCAGGUUCUGCACACUGGUAAGAAACCUUAUAAUUGUAAUGAAUGUGGGAGAGCAUUCUGUUCCAAUAGAAAUCUCAUUGACCAUCAGAGAACCCACACUGGGGAGAAGCCUUAUAAAUGUAAUGAAUGUGGCAAAGCCUUCAGUCGGAGUAAAUGUCUUAUUCGACAUCAGAGCCUCCACACUGGAGAAAAGCCAUACAAAUGUAGUGAAUGUGGGAAAGCCUUCAAUCAGAUGUCUCAACUCGUUGAACAUGAGCGAAUUCAUACUGGAGAAAAACCAUUUAAGUGUAGUGAGUGUGGUAAGGCAUUCAGUCUGAGUAAAUGUCUUAUUCGGCACCAGAGACUUCACACAAGUGAAAAGCCCUAUAAAUGCAACGAGUGUGGAAAAUCCUUCAAUCAAAACUCAUACCUCAUUAUACACCAGAGAAUUCACACUGGUGAGAAACCCUAUGAAUGUAAUGAGUGUGGGAAGGUCUUCAGUUAUAAUUCUAGUCUUAUGGUACAUCAGAGAACCCAUACUGGGGAAAAACCCUAUAAAUGCAAUAGUUGUGGGAAAGCCUUUAGUGACAGCUCACAGCUUACUGUGCACCAGAGAGUCCACACUGGAGAGAAACCUUAUGAAUGUAUUGAGUGUGGGAAAGCCUUUAGUCAGCGUUCCACUUUUAAUCACCACCAGCGAACUCAUGCUGGAGAGAAGCCCUCAGGUCUGGCUCAGUCAUCUUCUUAAGGCAUGGUUUUCUGAGACAGAGAGCAAAGACCUUUGAGUUAAGCUGUCUUUAUAAGAAGGAUGUUCAUCAUGGUCUCCUUGGAGACCACUAAUCACAGUGGAGACCAUACCUACUUGCUUUUCCGUGGGUCACUAAGGUGGGAGAGUAGGUGCAACUUAGUCUGAUCCUUACUUAGUAGUAGGAAAUUGGGGAUUACAUCUGUCAUUAACUUGUAGGUUUCCUUCUUUCUCUUAAAAAACUAUUUAAAACUCUAUCUUGUUAGUAUGCAUUCCAUAAUCAGAUUCUGCAUUUCUCAAGAACAGCAGUUAUAUUACCUUUAUUCUAUUGCAGUUCCUCCACUGAACAAUUUACGUAAAGUCACUUUUUAAGUCAUUCUGCAAGAUUAUUCUUCCCUGCUGUUUGGCUAUCUCCUUCCACAGCUACUUUAAAAAUUCGUACUGUAAGCUACAUCCUCUCAUCAUUUUUGUGUUUUCCAACUAGAAAACUUUUUCUUCCUGUUUGCUAAUCACUUCCUUCGCAAUGUUCAAGAUUUAUGCCAUCUCUGAAAGACUUUCUUCUUCAAAUAGUUUUUCGUUUCUUUUAUACUUCUAUUGAUUUGGCCUUAAUGCUAUAAAUUAACUGGUGCUAUGAUGUGUAACUGUUAAAUGUUUUUGUAAAUUGUUCUCAACUUACAAGGUGAUAUGUGUAUCACAUAUGUACAAAGUAUGCACAUAUAUAGUUGUGUAUGUGUAUACUUUCUUUUUUUUUUUUUUUUUGAGACAGAGUCUCAGUCUCCCUCUUGUUGCCCAGGCUGGAGUGCAAGUGGUACAAUCUCGGCUCACCACAACCUCCGCUUCUCGGGUUCAAGUGAUUCUCCUGCCUCAGCCUCCCGAGUAGCUGGGAUUACAGGCAUGUGCCACCAUGCCUGGCUAAUUUUUUUUUUUGUAUUUUUAGUAGAGAUAGGGUUUCUCUAUUUUGGUCAGGCUGGUCUUGAACUCCCAACCCCAGGUGAUCUGCCCGCCUCAGCCUCUCAAAGUGCUAGGAUUACAGGUGUGAGCCACUGCACCCAGCCUCAUACGUGUAUACUUUCAUACCAGCUUGUAAGCUUCUGAGAUCAGGUAUGGUAUCUAUUUCUUUAUAUACAUAAUAGUUUGAAUAUGCUAGUUCUUAAGUUUUAACAUUCAAAUUGAGCCAUCAUAAACGUGGGCACAGGCUCCCGUCUCCCUCCCAUUACAUCCACCGGACUAGAAGCUUCUAAAGAAGGAAGUGGCAUCACAAUAUAUCAUAUAUAAAGGCUCAUUGAUAUCUUCUACUUGUAGCCCUGGAAGUGUUACUACUGGUACUUCAGUCUUGAAGAGCUAAUGGAUUUGUGUGUGAAUGAGUGUCUGUUUAUCUAGGUAUUGGGUUGGGCAGUCAUAUCCUACUGAUAACAUGCUUUGACCUGCACACUUACUCCAUUUCUGAACUAUUUGACUGCAUCCUGCUUCCUAAAUAGAAGUUAUAGUCGGCUGGGCGCAGUGGCUCACGCCUGUAAUCCCAGCACUUUGGGAGGCCGAGGUGGGUGGAUCACUUGAUGUCAGGAGUUCGAGACCAGCCUGGCCAACAUGAUGAAACCCCGUCUCUACUAAAAUACAAAAAUUAGCUGAGUAUGGUGGUGCGCACCUGUAAUCUUAGCUACUUGGGAGGCUGAGGCAGGAGAAUCGCUUGCACCUGGGCAGAGGUUGUAAUGAGCUGAGAUUGUGCCACUGCACCCCAGCCUGGGUGACAGAGUGAGACUACAUCUCAAAAACAACAAACAAAAAAAAACCUUACAGUCAAAAUUUACUGCAAGAAGACUUGACUUUCAUGGCUGUAAUAUAGAUGAUUGAAAAUUUCAGCUAGCAGCAUUCCUGGAUGAUUGGAAUUCAGAGUGAUGAGGUUUUUGGUAAAAUAGUAGUAUCAAACUAAUCUGUUUUCCGUAUCAGCUAGUCCUUUCUCACUACAACUGCUGUCUUAAUUUCAGAAUGAGAACUGUGCCUUAAUUAUCUUCCAGACCAUCUUUCCUUCUGCAGUCAUAUGUCAGUCCAUGAGCUUGAACCACCUUUCCUCCCACCCUUGCAAUAAUGGCCCAGUGCUGGUGGACAUUUUACUCUAAUGUUUACCCUGUUCUCUUUCCAUCCCCCAGACUUCUUUUUUUUUUGAGACGGAGUCUCACUCUGUCGCCCAGGCUGGAGUGCAGUGGCGCGAUCUCAGCUCACUGCAAGGUCCGCCUCCCAGGUUCACGCCAUUCUUCUGCCUCAGCCUCCUGAGUAGGUGGGAGUACAGGCGCCCGCCACCACGCCCGGCUAAUUUUUUUUGUAUUUUUAGUAGAGAUGGGGUUUCACCGUGUUAGCCAGGAUGGUCUCAAUCUCCUGACCUCGUGAUCCGCCUACCUUGACCUCCCAAAGUGCUGGGAUUACAGGCAUGAGCCACUGCGCCUGGCCUCCAUCCCCCAGACUUCUUAACAGGCUGACAGGAUCUGCCGUAUGACAGAGGUGGAGGAGGAGGCUAGAGGGGCAAUGUCAGUCAUGUAACCUGGAGAGGUGAUUUUGUGUGCUGUGGUGUAUGUUUCAGACAAUGCAGAAGAAAGGAAAGAGAGUUGAGGAUCAAGAAAAUCAGAAUUAAAUGUGAUUGUUGGGGAGAUGUCUCAGACAAAGUUAGAAAGGAUUACUGGGGGCCUAAAGUUUUUCAGGGCCUUUGGAAUUUCUAAACUUGGCUGGGCACAGUGCCUCAUGCCUGUAAUCCCAGCACUUUGGGAGGCUGAGGCGGUCAGAUCACUUGAGUCCAGGAGUUUGAGACCAGCCUGGCCAACAUUGUAAAGCCCCAUCUCUACUAAAAAUACAAAAAUUAGCUGGGUAUGGUGGUGCAUGCCUGUAAUCCCAGCUACUCAGGAGGCUGAGGCAAGAGAAUCACUUGAACCUGGAGGGCAGAGAUUGCAGUGAGCCAAGAUCACACCACUGUACUCCAGCCUGGGCAACAGAGUGAGACUCUGUCUCAACAACAACAACAAAACAACAAACCGGAGCUCAUGACACAGCUGGAAUUUUACCAUUUGUGAAUAUGUAUUUUAAAUGUUUUCAGCUUGUUUUUUUUGUAUUUUUUUUCCAUUUUCCUCUAAAAGAUAUGCAGAUAGGACUUUUUCCUCUUUAACUGUCUUAUUUUGGGAGCCCCCAGAUUUCAGGGAAGAGCCCCACACUAUAUGAGCCCAUGAGUUGGACAUUUCUGGUUCCCCGCCCUGAGUUGGACAUUGCCAGUCAUGUCUGCAGAAGAACCAUGCUGCCUGUUGGAAGCUGCAGUUUUACCUUCUGGUUCUUGUCUGCUCAUCCCCUACCAUACUAAGCCUCUAGAGUGUGGGAAUGUGCACCAUUUCCUAACUAUAUUAACUCACUACCACCAGUCUGGUGUGGGUGCUCAGUACAAGUGAAUCCUGAAAAAGCCUCAGGCUCUUGGAUGGAGGAAAAUUGGCUGCAUUUGAAAGCCAUACUUCAAUUUCUAUUGGUCAUUGCUAGUAUAAACUUUAAUUAUUGAUUUAAACAAAUUUUAUCUGGAUCCAAUUAUGUUGAUAAAUUAUUUUUAGGUUUAAUAACUUGUUAGAUUCAUUUCCUAGCUUUUCUAGGUUUAUAAUAAAUAAUGAUAUAUUUGUCUUUUAGUUUGAUGUCACUUAUGUUGUGCAUUAGCAAGAACUUCAAAAAACAUGGAACAGUAGAUGUCUUUCUCUUAACUCUCAGGGGAAUGGUUUUAGUAUUCUGCAGUUUCAUAUCAUGUUCAUUGUUGGAUUCUGAUGUUCUGUUGGAUUUAGGAAGUUUCCUUCUAAUCUUAUUUCUAGAAGAAGCAGUGUAGUUUAGUGGUUAAGAGCACAGAUUUUGUUCCCAGUGCCCUAGGUUCAAAUCCUGAGUCCACCACUUUGUUAGGUGUGUGACCCUGGGCAAAUCACUUACCUUCCUUGUAUCUUAGUUCCUCCAUCUAUAAAAUGGAGCUACCUCAUAGGGUUAUGAGGAAUACAUUAUUGUAACAAUGCUGGGCCCACAGUGCACAGCUUCCCAAUUAUAAUUAUACUUACAGUUUUGUUUUCUGUUUUUUUUUUUUUUUUUUUUUUGACAAGGUCUCCCUCUGUUGCUCAGGCUGGAGUGUAGUGAUGCGACCAUAGGUCACCUCAGCCUUGAACUCCUGGGCUCAAGAGAUGCUCCUGCCUCAACCUCCAGUAUAGUUAGGAAUACAGGCAUGUGCCACCAUGCCUAAGUUUUUAUUUUUAUUUUUUGUAAACAUGGGGUUUUGCUAUUUUGCUCAGGCUGGUCUUGUGGUCCUGGCCUCAAGCGAUCAUCCUGCCUCAGCUUCUCUAAGUGCUGGGAAUACAGGUGUGAACCACCGUGCGUGACCUAUACUUAAAAAGUUUUUACUAGGAUUGGUUGCUAUAUUAUAUCAAGUUUAAAAACUCCAUCAUUGUAAUUUUAUGAGUUAUUUUUUUUUGUAAUUCAUUUUCUUGACAAGUUUGCAAAUAUUUGCAAUUUCUUUGUACUUUUCAAGUAAAAUCUAUUUGUUCAUAGUGAGUUUUUAUUAAGUACAGAAGUAGAUUCAAUUUGGUAAUGCUUUGCUAGCUUUGCAAAAGAAUUUGGAAAAAGUUUUGUUUAUCUUAUUGCUAUGGAGAGUUUGUAUAACAUGGGAAUUGUUCCUUGAAGUCUUGCUAAAAGUAACUGGGCCUGGUUCUUUGGGUGAGGGGAAAAAAUUUUGUUUAUCUUAUUGCUAUGGAGAGUUUGUAACAUGGGAAUUGUUCCUUGAAGUCUUGCUAAAAGUAACUGGGCCUGGUUCUUUGGGUGAGGGGAUUGGAAGGGAUAUAUCUUUAGCAACUGUUUUAGUCAGUUUGAGCUAUUAUAACAAAAUACCAUAGAGGAUGGCUUAAACAACAGACAUUUAUUCCUCACAGUUCUGUAGGCUUCAGAGUUCAACAUCAAGAUGCCAGAAUGGUUGAGUGCUGGUGAGGGCUCUCUUUCUGGUUUGCAGAUGGCCCCCUUUUUCCUGUGUCCUCAAAUUUCAGAGAGCAAGAGCACUGGUGCCUCUUCCAAGUCUUUUAAGGGCAUUAGUGAGAAUGAGGGCCCCAUUCUCAUGACCUACUCCAAUCCUAGUUAGUUUCCAAAGGCCCCCCACCCCCAAAUAUAACAUUUGGGGUUAGGGCUUCAACAUAAAUAUUCAUUCUAUAACAUUCCACUCCUAGCCACUCUCUCUAUUCAUAUCCUUACAUACAAAAUAAGUUCAUUCCAUCCUAACAGCCUCCAAAGUUUUAACUCAUUCUAGUAUCAACUAACAUUUAAAGUCCAAAGUCUCAUCUAAAUAUCUAAAUCAAGGCUGGGCAUGGUGGCUCACGCCUGUAAUCCCAGCACUUUGGGAGGCCGAGGCGGGUGGAUCACGACGUCAGGAGUUCGAGACCAGCCUGACCAACAUGGCGAAACCCCAUCUCUACUAAAAAUACAAAAAUUAGCUGGGCGUGAUGGUGUGCGCCUGUAAUCCCAGCUACACGGGGAGGCUGAGGCAGGAGAAUCGCUUGAACCCGAGAGACAGAGGUUGCAGUGAGCCGAGAUUGCGCCAUUGCACUCCAGCCUGGGCAACAGUGAGACUUUGUCUCAAAAAUAUCUAAAUCAGAUAUGGGUGAGACCCAAGGUUUAGUUUAUCCUGAGGCAAAAUUCCCCUCCUGCUGUGAACCUAUGAAACCAGACAAGUUAUGUGCUUCCAAAAUACAAUGAUGGGAUAGGCAGGAUUAGGUAUUCCAAUUCCAAAAGUGAGAAAUUGGAAAGAAGAAAGGGAUGAUGAGGCUGGGUGUGAUGGCUCAUGCCUUUAAUCCAGCACUUUGGGAGGCUGAGGUGGGAGGAUUGCUUGAGUCCAGGAGUUCGAGACCAGCCUGGGCAACAUAGGGAGACCUUAUUUCUACAAAAAUAAUAAAAAUAAUUAGUCGGGCAUGGUGGCUUGAGCGUGGGAGUUCGAGGCUCCAGUGAGUUGUGAUCGUACUGCACUCCAGCCUGGAUGACAGAGUAGUGAAACCCUAUCUCAAUAAAAAAUAAAAAAGGAUGGGGGAGCAGGGGGAUGAUCGUCCUAUGCAAGUCUAAAACUUAGCAAGGCACGUUUCAUGAGAUCUUAGGCUCAUGAAUAAUCCUCUUUGGUCCUAUACUGUCCUCUCCAGGACCCCCUGGGCAGUGGUCCUGACCCGAUAGAUCUGCCAGGCAGGGGUGACUCCCCCAUGGCUUUUGUUGGAGACCAUCUGGCCUGUGGAAACUGGAGCAGUAUCCCUCAUGAUCUCUGAAUAGCCAAGAGAAGAGUCAUUCUUGUAUGGAACAAUGGACAUUCACAGCCUUCCUCAUUCCUGGCUUUAGGACUUCAGAUACAAUCAUAUCAGAGCUAAGGACUUCAGCAUAUGAAUUUUGGGGGCACAGUUCAGUCCAUAGCAAUACUUCCAUUCCCCUGACUUGCAACGUGUCCAGUUACUUCUAAAAGUACUUGUCAUCCACUAUAUUAAUAACGUGCUCAUUGUCAGCCUAUGAAACAAGUUGACCACUCCAUACAUAAGGUCAUAGAUAAUAUGACACAUGCAGGUUGAGUUGUCAGCCCUGAUAAGAUCCAAGGACUUGCCCAACAAGUGCAGUCCCUGGAGCUACCUGGUCCAGUAAUUAGAGGAGUAUUCCUGAUAAAGUCAAAAAUUGUCCUUGGCAGCCCCCACCUAAAAGAAGCUCAAUAGCUGGUAUGCCUGUUUGUCUAUUGGAGAUAACAUGUAUCACAUCUAAGUAUUAUUUUGCCUCCUUUAGUUAAAAUUAUCCACAACACAGCCACCUCUGAAUGGGGCCCUCAACAACAGCAGACUCUAGAGGCCUACUAUGCAUUAACAUGGGCCUGCCAUUAAUGUAGGCCCAUGGAACUACAGGUCUCAUUGACUCCUACCCAUACAGAUUGGAUACUGUGGCAACAAGAGACUGCUAUCAGGGUGCACCAGGCCCUUGGGUUUUGGAUAUAUAAAUUACCCAAGAUGGUUGCCAUAUACAUUCCCUUUGAAUGGCAGCUACUAGCCUGCUAUUGGGCUCUAAUGGAAACAGAACGCUUGACCACUGAAGCACUGUAUGUGACCUUAAGACCUGAGCUGCCCAUCUCAUGCAGGUAUUGUUAACGAAAAAUAAAAAUGGAAGCCCCAGUUUAGAAAUACCCUAAGGCUGACUACCCGCAACCGUGUAACCAAAACAAAUCAUUCUGAUUUUCCUGAAAUGCUGUCUCUGAUCAUAAAUGAAAUGCAAAAUGUAAGCUUUACAUCCUUGCCAGCAUGAUUCACGGAAAUUAAACCAAUCAACUAUAGACCAACAAGCUUAAACAGCUCAACUUGCCCUAAAAAGAAUGUAUAGCAGCCAAUUAUAAAAAAGGUCAAAAUAUUCCCCCCCUUUAUGCAUUAUAAACCAUGUUCUAACUGCUGUAAGAUUAAUUUCUUACCACUUGAUUUGAGUCUUCUAGAUUGUGGUCUGUACUGAUUGUUUGAACAAUAAACUUUUAAAUUUUUCUUUA